AUGACUGUCCCCCCGCAGCAGAGCUCGGCACCCGGCCCGAGGUCUGCCGCGGGCCCCCCGCCCGGGUCGUCCCCCUGCCCCGCGUCCCCGGAUGGCGCCACUGGGGCAUCGGGCCCGGACCUCUCCCACUGCGAGACCCCCGGCCUGGAGUCCUCCUCCUCGUGCCUGGCCUCGGGGCAUGGCGAUCGCAGCCCGGUCCUGGCGCCGGGCCCGGCGGCGGACGCCCACCCGGCGUCCGAGAUCCCAGUGGCAUCGCAGUCGCCGGGUGCCCUUGGCAGGACGACGCCGACGCCGACGCCGACGAUGACGCCACCGCGCGCGAUUGGCGGCCCCACCCGCGCACGCGCUUCCACCCGCCCGGCCAAUCAGCCGACUCUCUUCGACCUGGGCGUCAGCCAGACCCCGGGCCAGCGGCAGCGCGCUCGGCGCUCGGCGCCCCGGUCGCCCCUGACGCCGGUUCCCCCUGCCAGGGACGCCUCGUCGGCCCCCCCGCCGGCCCUUGCCGAGCCGUCGUCACCCACCAAGCACGAGGCAAUGUGCCUGCUCGAGUCACCCACGAAGGGGCACUUGUCGCCAGCCACCGAGGAGAGCGUCGAUGUGCGCUCUCCCUGCGGGGCGGGCGCCUGUCCGGCGGGCCAUGGGCCCGGGGCCCCGCCGGCUGGCCGGCCGGACUUCGCCGCACGCGCCGAUCGCCUCUCCUCCGCCACGGAUCCCCUGGGGGAGCAUCUCUUCCGGUGGGUGUAUGGGCACUUUGCGGUGGCCGGCGGGGACGCAUGCAAUCCAUCCGCCUGCCAGGCCCCCCUGCUGGCCCCGGGGGCCGUGCUGCUGGACCGCUACCGGACGGUCACUGUGCACCGGCCGGCCGACGGUCGGCCGGUUGCGCGCUUCUUGCGGCCGCUUUCCCUUUUCCGCCUGCCCCUGUCGUCGUUGGACCGCUCGAUCCUCUUCUAUUUGUUUGAGCACCAGGCCCCGCUGGUGUCGGGGCUGCGCGUGGCCCGGCGCUUUGCCCGGCUGCGCACAGUCGACCUGGCCUCCGAGCAGGAUCCGGAGCAUGAGGCUUUCCCCUCGGAGGGCGAGCCGGAGGAUGGCCACGAAGAGUCGGCCCAAGGCCCGGGGCCGGCGGGCCCCAAUCGGGUGUCCAUUUGUCCCCUGUCACCGGAGGACUGCCUGCGCGAGGUGGCCCAGUCCCUGGAGCAUUUGACGUCCCUGGGCCUGGUGCGGCGCACCGGCGCCGUGGAUGCCGCGGAAACCACGCCGCCGCUCGGGGAGCAGGUCAUCACCCUCGGCCAGGCGGUGGCCCCGGCGGGCGAAUGCCCGGUGGACGCCACGCACCUGCCGCCGCCCUCGGUGUGCAUCUGCCAGGGGGCCGACCUGGCGGCCGCCUCGCCGGCCGACCUGGCCCUGGCCAACCAGCUCGAGGCCAGUGGCCGCCGGCUGAGUGCGCUGCUGGAUGGCAUGAAGGUGGCCGGCAUUCGCCAGGCCCUGUCGCAUUUGGCCUUCCUGCUGGAUUUGGGGGCCGUGCGGGCCGGCCGGCGGCCGGAGCUCCUGGCCCUACUGCAGCAGCUGGAUGCGCGACUUCUUGGGCAGGCCCUGCGCCAUCGUGGGGGCUGUCCCUUCCGGGGCUUUUACCUUGCCACCCGGCAGCAGCUGUACCGGUACCUGCUGGCCAGUGCCCGACGCGAGGCCGAAGCUGGGGCCGGCCCGGGGGCCGGGCCGGCCGUCGCCCUGCUCAGUGGGUCGCUGUAUGCGCUGGCCCCGGCCACCGGGGAGUGCAUUCACGCCCUGCUGGCGCUCAUGCUGCUGGACGAGCAGUCCAUGCUGGCCUCGACCGCGACGACCGGCGGCCCGGCCGGCGCACCCGCCGCCCCGGCCGACAACCUGGCCUCGACCGAGCGCCGAGACCAUGGACAAGACCAUGGCGAGGAGGAGGACGGCGCCGGGGCGCUGCCCGAGAGCCCCUGGGCCCGGGCGCGCUUUGUCCGCUGGGGCCGGCCGGACACCGGGCAGGCGGUCUUCUCGGCCGGUGGCCGGUCCAUCGCGCGGGAUUUCUACCACGCCCCGGCCGACGCCGGGCCGAUGGUCGGCAACCUGCUCGAGGCACAUCCGCUCUGGCUGGCCUCGCUGCCCGAGUGGCCAGUGCGCCCGGUGGAUGCGGUGACUUGCCUGCUGGAUCCGCCGCCCGGGGCGGCCUUCCCGGGCCGCGUGCCGGCCUGCCUGCUGCGUGAGCGCCCAUGCUGCCGGGGCUGCGCCGGGCCCGGGGCCGCGUGCACCGGCCCGGAGGUCGAUCGCCUCCUGUGGCAGGGGGCUCUGCACCUGCGGCAUAUGACCUCGGCCCGGGCACUGGAGCGGCACUUCCGCUCGCUGCGCAGCGCCUUCGAAUUCUCCUCGACCGCGGACCCGGGGACCUACUAUGCCGCACUGGCCGAGGUGUUGGAGCUGGCCCUCGGCCGAUUGAAUGCCCUGAAGCGCGCGGGCCUCUCGGCCGCCCCGGGCAGCCCGCUGGAUGUGGACCUGGAGCAUGGUCUCCCGGCCAUUUACCGGCCCCUGUAUGAGGCCCAGCCCGGGGCCGGCCUGCAUGUGGAGAAGCGCCUGGCCGGCCUGCUGGACAGCGGCCCGGACGCCGGGUCGGCGCCUGCCUCCCUGUGGCGGGAGUCCGAGCCAUCGCCCGCCGGGGAUGCCUCCCUGGCUGCCGGGCACUUUGUGGCCUGCAGCGACAUGGCCCGGUACGGGCAUUGCUGUCUGCAUGGGGCCGAAGCCCCGAUGGGGGAUGCCCCGCCUGCCGGCGGUCCCCCGGCGGCGUGGGACUUCGGCGACCACAGUGCCGAGACCCCCUGGCGCCCGUCCUUCGAGCUGGACGAGCGCGCGGUCCUGGCGCGACUGGCCUGGCGCGGGGGCCAGCACCUGUGCCGCUGGGCCGCGGCCGUCGGGGCUUGCAGGGCCCCCGGCCCGGGGGAUGCCGCCUCGGCCGCCACCGCCCAACGCAUGCACCUUUCCAGGGCCCGGCAACUGGCGAUGGACCUGCUGACAGCCUUGCUCUGGGGCCGGUCGCAUGCACGUCGCCGGGGCCGGGCCUGGGUGGCCUUGGCCAAAUUGUCCGGCGCCGCGCAUGGCCGCUACGCGGCGGAACUCUGCCGCCAGGGCCUGCGGGACCCGCUAACCUUGGCCGGGCCCCGGCGGGCGCUCUUCCACCAUCUGUCUCGGCUCUUGCGAUCGGGCUGCAUCACCAUGUGCUCGGCCACCGACACGGAUGCCGACAUGGAGGCCGACACGCACAUCGUUAACCAGGCCCUUUUCUAUGACCGCAUCGAGCUUCGCAAGGUCAUCCACCAGCGCACCGGUCGCCGGCCCAUCCCCCUGUGGAUUUCCCCCUCGCAUCGCCAUGGCACCUCGGUAGAGCAGGCCACACUGGAUGUGUAUCGCCUGCGCGGAGGGUGGCACGGGUGCCACGCCGAGGCGUCGCCCUGGCGGACGCUCUUCCUGGUGCUGGCCUACGACUCGGUCCUGGCACCGAGCUGUGAUAAAGAUGAGGGGGGCGCCUCGGCCUGGCGCCACCCGUACCAAGGCCUGCCGGCGGGCCUUCGUGCUGGCCCGGGCAUCUUCUACCACAUGCACUUCGCAGCCAUCGAGGCCCUGGUCGCGGCCGUCGAACAGGGCCACGCCUUGCAUCUUUUCGACCAGGCGUGUCUCCGUCACCACAUCAAUGCCCCCUACCUGGCGCAGAAUCUCACCGGCGGGGCUCCCCAAACGGUUGAGGGGCAGCGCUUCGCCAGCGACCGGCACUUCGGCCACUGGCCGGCUGUUCCCCUGCGCGGCCAAGUGCCGGCCUCGAAUCCGCCGGAUGCCACCCCCGGGGCGUGGCGCCAACCGCCGGCCCUGCGCGGCCUGGGGGUCGAAACGCUGGCCGCGGCGCGGACCCUGGCGGCGCUGGCCUCCCCGCGGCUUUUCUGGCCCGCGGACCAUUUGCCGGGCGGCCUGGUGCCGCCUGCCGGGGCACGUGCUCCCCCGGUCAGCGCGGUGGCCGCCGUGCUGGCGGAUGCCCUCCGGGCCCAGGCCUUCCACUGGGCCGAGGUGGGGUCCGGCCUGCCGGACUUGAUGCUUUGGCGCCUGCCAUUGGAUGUGCCCUUCCCGGCGGCGGAUGUGGCUCUGCAACCGGGCCAAGCACCGGCUGUGCCCCCGGCGCAGCGGCCCCAUCUGCUGUUGGUGGAGGUCAAGAGCCCCACCGACUCGGUGCAGCCGGCACAGGCGUGGUGGAUGGCGCGCAUGACGCGGGCCGCGCGCACCGCCUCGCCGGCCCUCGGCGAAUUUGCCACGGGCGUUUGCCAUGUGGGCCUCGCGAGCCAGUGAUGUUCCCCCCCUGGUGGGGAGAGCCGCCCGGGCUGGAAAAUGCCCGCCAACAAUCCAACCACAACCCUGGACCUGUUUUGCCGGGUGCAUGCGCUGACAAGCCUCAUCGCUGCCCGACCACCGGCCUCGGGGUGGGAGCAGCAGAGAGGCCGGCCAGGGGAGGGAGGAACAAGGAGGAAGGCCAUGG